AAGUUCCUGGGAAAGGUUUGGAGAAUGGACUAAGAAGCUUGAAUAAUGACAAGGAGAUAAGAGAGAUGGUGAAGUGUGCUAAGAUCAAUAACGGAGUUAUUGAUGUAUAUUUCGAGCAUGGAGCAUCAUUGCCAAAGGUUUUAGAGGGAAACACCAAAGUUGCCUCAAACACCAAAGGUACACAACCACCAUCAACAGUUUCAAAAAAUCAAAAUCAGACCAAAAAACCCAUUAACAAGGUCAGUGGAGCCAAGCCAAACAAACCCACUGGUAGCAUCCAGCCCACAAAGCCCAUCAAGACCACCCAAAACACCAAAACAGAUAAAACCAACAAGUCCAAGCAGCCCAACAAAAAUAGUAUAUCUAGGAGACCUUGUACAAGAUCUGGUGCCAGAGGAUUCCAAAGCAAAGUUUUUAAUAAUGAGAUUCCUUUCGAGGUGUCUUCUGACUCUUAUGAGAGCGCAGAAGAUAGCCUUUUUAAGCCAACUCUUGAUGAAGACAGCUCUUCUAAUUCAGAUACUGGGGUGAAGAAUGUCAACAAUGGGAGUAGGAAUAGGGUGAACAAGAACCAUAAUGAGAAGAUAUUGACAAAUGUUGGUCCUCUAGCUAAAGGAAAGGAGAAGAUUCUGGUCGAGGAUGAUGCAUUUGUGCAAGAAGUUAGUGAUGAAGAAGUGGAUCUUGGUUUUAUUGGUAGUUUUGCUGAAGGUGUAGAAUAUAGUCUAGAUCCUGGAGCUGACUCGGAUGGUGCCAAUUCAUGGCACUCAGAGGAGAUGAAGACUCCUCUAAAUUCGGAAGAUGAACUAGAAGAAGACAACGAUUCUGAUGACGCAUGUCCAGUGUUUAGGGAGGGUGCAAGAUUUGGUGAAUUGCAUCUUGAGGUGGGUAUGAAAUUUGGCACAAAGUGGGACUUUAGAGAAGCUGUUAGGGAGUAUACAAUUCAAGAGGGUAGGCGCAUACGCCUGGCGAAGAACGAUAAUAUAAGGUGCAGGGCAGUUUGUAAGGUUAAGGAGUGUCCUUGGGUGGUUUAUGCAUCAAGGGACCAUGAGGACACUUGUUGGCAGAUCAAAACCUUUAAUGACGACCACACAUGUCCCAGGGAAGACAAAAAUAGGGCUGCUAAUAGGAAUUGGGUCUGCAGCAAGCUUGUGAAGAAGGUCAAAAAAUAUCCCAACUUCAGACAUUGUGAAGCUACAACCUAUUUCAGAACAUGUUUUGAUUUGACACUAAACAAAAAUUCAAUCUCGAGGACUUUGAUGGAUGCUAGAAGUGUAGUGUAUGGUGAUGAAAAGGAACAAUAUAAGAUGGUGAGGGACUAUGGCUUGACUUUGCUGAAAACCAAUCCCGGUUCAACAGUGCAAAUAUGUACCAAACCGCAACCAAAUGGAGAAGUUAUUUUUGAGAGAAUGUAUGUGUGCUUAAGUGGUUGUAAAAAUGGGUUCAAAUCUGGCUGCCGUCCUUUGAUUGGAUUAGAUGGAGCAUUCCUGAAGACUCAAUUUGGUGGACAAAUUCUGUCAGCUGUUGGACAGGAUGCGAACCAUCAUAUCUACGUCAUUGCGUGGGCAAUUGUGGAAAUAGAGAAUAGGGAAAACUGGAAGUGGUUUCUUGAAUUACUGCAUCUAGACUUGGGACAUUACAAAAAAAAUGGCUGGUGCUUUAUAUCCGAUAUGCAAAAGGGACUAAUAUCAGCAGUGCAAGAGGUGAUGCCCAAUGUGCACCAUCGUUUUUGUGUCUGGUAUUUGUGGAGAAACUUUAACAAGAGUUGGAAGGAUUUGCAACUAAGGGGGCUUUUGUGGGAAUGUGCAAGGGCAACAACUCAUCAAGAGUUCAGGGAUGGAAUGGAUAAGAUAAAAAGACUGAAUGAAGAUGCAUGGACAUAUUUAGAUAAAUGGCAAAGAGAUGCAUGGACUAGAAGCGCAUUCAGCCAUAAGCCAUUAUAACAUUGUUGGAGGAGGUUCGAAUGUUCGUAAUGCGGACCAUAGCCAAGAACAAGGUGAAACUAAACAAUCACAAUGGAGUGCUCACACCGGUUAUAAAGAGUCGAUUGGAGAAAGUUAGAAAAGAAUCUAAGAAUUGGAAGCCUAUUUGGACAGGGGACAACGGAUAUGAAAAGUUUGAGGUGCAUGGACACUCAACUAAUCAUGUGGUGGACUUAGGAAAAAGACUAUGCACUUGCCAAUUUUGGAUGCUUACAGGUAUUCCUUGUGUGCAUGCAUGUGCUGCACUGUCUCGGGUUAACAAGCCACCAGAAGACUUUUGUCACCGCUUGCUAACAAUGGAGUCAUACAGGGAAAUAUAUAAUUAUCAUAUUAAUCCAAUUCCUGGACAACCAUUAUGGGAGCAUGCAGAAGAAUGUAACAGGCCACAUGCACCAAAAAUAAAGAGAAAACCUGGAAAACUACAGAUGAAAAGACGGAUGGAUGCUGAUGAGAAGGGUGGUGGAGGAUCUAAAAAAUCUAAAGCUGAUCCCAAGCCUCAGAAUAACAACGGAGAUAAUGUUCAUCUAAAGAGGCAGUUGGGCCCCUUUACUUGCAGUUUCUGUGGUGAUAAAGGACAUACAAAGAGAGGUUGUAAGAAGAAGAGAGCU